AUGCUCCUGUACCUCCUCUUCCUCUUCCUCUCCCCCGCGUUCGCGUCUGCGCUGUACAUCGACACCCCACCCGAGAUGGAGGUCGACAUGAGCCGUGCCCUCGCCGUCGUUGGCGUUGGGAUACUCGUGGCAAUUGUACUUAUUCUCCUCCUUUCGCACGAGGCCGGAUUGCUCGACGAACCACAACGUAUCCAGGAGAAGAAGAACCCGGAUAGGCAGGAUGACAAUGACAGGGGACGUGUGCGGCGGGCCGUUUCGUCAAGCCCCGUCUAA